AUGUUGAAUUACCAAAAACCACAGGUCGUUUCUGAAACGUUCCCAGUCAAGUUCCAGAAACUCACAGACGGGGUCAUCAGACCAAAGAUUGCGGAGGUCAAGUCUGAGGGAUUCAAGAUCAAAGAAAGAUCAGCUCAUGAAUCCAAAAACAGCCGAGACGAUACAUCAAAGGUCAAAGUUGUUUACAUCGAUCCCCUGACUACAGAAGAAGAUGAGAUAAUAAAAGGACUUUCAGUGGACAGUAUAAUCAGUCAUAAAUUAGAAGGGAACAGAAAAGUCAAUCCAAGCACACUUUUAGCCUACAUCAUGAAUGAGGAUGAUAACAAGAACUCUAACACAAAUUCUGGAGAAAAUCAGACAAGGCGGCCUCAUCCAGCAAGUUCCAGACAAAGCGAGUCCAGAGGUAAUUAUUCAAACGCCAGCUUUUACGGGGAUCGAAGCAGGAUGUAUAGCCCAAAGCUAAAGGUGAACCCGGUCCACUCCUCGGCAGGUCACAAAGUGGGCAAUCUUAGGAUCAUGAGCGCAAAUGCUGGCCACACUCCCCGGAGCCAAGAUGUAUCCAGAAAUGGAAGAGCGCCCAGAAAGCUGACCCCAGCAGCCAGGCCCUUACUUCGCACAAGCACUGGACAAGGCAGCAGCGUGAAGGCUGGUCCUUUGAAGGGAGAACCAGAGUACAUCAAAAUAAUUUCACAGCUAAAAAUUAAAUCCUCCAGUGCACCAGCUGCAAGUCUGCUGCCACCCCAAGGGAAAAGGAGCGAUCUGCUGCCACCCCAAGUGGUAAAGAGCGAUCCAGGUCAGAUAUCUCCUGGGAGAAACUCUCCAGAAGAUUUGAACUAUAUUUUCAUCAGCAAUGAAGCCCAAUCUCCAAGUGCCCCACCUGAAGGUCCUCUAGAUGAUCAAGCUCUUGCCCACACCAACAACACAUCCUCGGGUAAACCCUCUCCUACACCCAGUGAUGACGGCUACCAUGGCGACAGUGAUCUUCUAAUUAAAGAGAAUGACUCAGAAGAUGUUGAAUUUUGUGCGGUGGCUACGUCUCCAGCGACUACACCAGUAGCUCCUUCCACCACACCUCCAGCAACGUUCCCAACAGUUCCUGCUACCAACACAUCAGCGACUUUUCCAAUAACAGCUGCUAUCAGUAUUCCUACAGGAGAUGAGGAAUUCUCCAGCCAUUUACUUCCACUUGACAGAGACAAUGACGAUUCUUCUGAUCUAAAUAAUUAA